AUGCCGCAACGUAUACGAGAACUCUUGGAAGAAGUCGGCGAUAAUCCUGUACUCAAAAUUCAACUUGGUCGUACAUCGGUUCUAGCUGUCUUGAUUCUUUUUCUUAAUCUCGCCAGUUCUUGGAAGUUUUCUGAUAAACAACUUGAACUUGGCUACGACGAAAUCUAUCAUAACUAUUUACUUAUUACUAUUCAGAACAAUAAGAAAACGAAUGUGUUACAGACAAUGGUUCAUAAUUCGAAAGACACUAUUCCCAGCACCGUUUACAAACUUGAAAAAGCUCAUCGUGUACGACUCAUGAAACCUGUCUUUCCAACUGAAUUCGUCGAUUUAUACGAUAUUCCACUUACACGUAAUAAAAUAUUUACGCUCAACCGAUUAAUUACGACAGCAUCGAAUAUAGACAAACAUUUUUAUACAUACGAUGCUGGCAAUAAUAAUAUGUGCCAAACAUUUGUAGAAAAUAUUGUUGAUAUCAACGGUUUAAUAGCCAAUAUAGUUGAUAAUGCGACACGAAUAGCUCUUAAACCACAGGAUGCUAAAGCCUUGGUUGCUACAUUAGGUAGUCGAAGUGAUAUCGUUAAACAUAUUACAGAUCUCGGUGGGAAACUUGAUAAAUGGGUGUUCGAUCGUAAAAUUAUAUGGAAGAAACCGGUGAAAAAAGAAUUUGCGCUUAUUGGUAACAUGCAAGUCAAAGUACUAGAUGAAACGAGCACAGAUAAUGCAGAUGAUUUACUAAGUAGCAGUUUUGAUAACGCUGCGCUGAAUGGAAUGGUAGAUACUAUCAUUGAAAAUACUGAUGAUGCAUUUAAUGCUGUACUUGCAAUGGAAGAAAAUGAAAAGAAAGCAAAACAAAAACGAUUAAUUAUUAUUAUCAUUAGUAUUCUAAUAGCUAUUGUGUUGAUUGGUGCUGCUGUAGCUGUUGGCUAUUUUAUAUGGCGAAAAAGAAAUAGUAUGUUGAACUUAUGUUCUAUGUGGUCUAGUAUAAAAAUUUUACAUACUUUAUUUCGACGAGAAAAUGCUAUUGGAAAUCGUUAUUCUGUAUUUUUUUGUUUUCUAGAUCAAUUUAAGAAAAAAGAUUUAAUUGAUGAUGUAAAUGAUAAAACCAAAAUUAGAUCAAGUAUAUCUGAAGCUACUCGUACAAACGUAGAUGCAUGA